AUGAAGCUCGGUUGGCUUGAGGCUGCGGCUUUGACGGCUGCCUCAGUGGCUAGUGCUCAGCAGGAUGACCUCCCCGUAUCGCCUCCGUACUACCCUUCUCCAUGGUCGAAUGGUGAAGGCGAAUGGGCCGAAGCAUACAAUCGCGCCGUUCAGAUCGUCUCGCAAAUGACUCUCGAUGAGAAGGUCAAUCUUACAACUGGUACAGGGUGGAUGUCUGAGAAGUGCGUUGGACAGACAGGAAGCGUUCCUAGACUCGGAAUAAAUUCCAUUUGCUUACAAGACGGCCCUCUGGGUAUCCGAUUCACCGACUACAACUCAGCGUUCCCCGCCGGUGUUAACGUCGCAGCAACAUGGGAUCGACAAUUGGCUUACAUCCGUGGUCAUGCAAUGGGUCAGGAAUUCAGCGACAAGGGCAUUGACGUACAACUAGGCCCGGCCGCAGGUCCUCUCGGCAGAUUCCCCGACGGUGGCCGAAACUGGGAAGGGUUCUCACCCGAUCCUGUUCUGUCCGGUGUUCUCUUCGCCGAGACUAUCAAGGGCAUUCAGGAUGCCGGUGUGAUCGCAACCGCGAAGCACUAUCUUCUCAACGAACAAGAGCAUUUCCGACAGGUACCUGAGGCGAAUGGUUACGGCUACAACAUCACGGAGACCCUGAGUGAGAACGUUGACGACAAGACCUUGCACGAAUUGUACCUCUGGCCCUUCGCAGAUGCCGUGCGUGCUGGCGUGGGCGCCAUUAUGUGCUCAUACCAACAUCUGAACAACACGCAAGCCUGCCAGAACAGCCACCUUCUGAACAAGCUCCUGAAGGCUGAAUUAGGCUUUCAGGGGUUUGUCAUGAGCGACUGGUCUGCGACGCACAGCGGUGUCGGCUCUGCUCUGGCUGGUAUGGACAUGACAAUGCCUGGCGACAUCGCCUUCAACGAUGGGCUCUCUUACUAUGGCCCCAACCUGACGAUCAGUGUUCUCAACGGAACCGUUCCCCAAUGGCGUGUCGAUGACAUGGCCGUCCGAGUCAUGGCCGCUUUUUACAAGGUUGGCCGUGACCGUUUGGCCACCCCGCCCAACUUCAGCUCCUGGACGAGGGCAGAAAAGGGGUACGAACACGCUUCGAUUGAUGGAGGCGCCUACGGCACAGUCAAUGAGUUUGUUGAUGUCCAGCAAGACCAUGCUUCUCUCAUCCGUCGCGUUGGUGCAGACAGUAUCGUACUCCUGAAGAACGAGGGUUCGCUUCCUCUCACCGGAAAGGAGCGCAAUGUCGCUAUCCUUGGUGAGGAUGCGGGCUCCAAUCCCUACGGUGCAAAUGGCUGCGAUGACCGUGGUUGUGCUCAAGGAACCCUUGCCAUGGGUUGGGGUAGUGGUACAGCCAACUUCCCCUACCUGGUCACCCCCGAGCAGGCGAUCCAGCAGGAGGUCCUCAAGGGACGUGGCAACGUGUUUGCGGUGACGGACAACUGGGCCUUGGAUAAGGUUAACAAGACCGCGUCUGAGUCUACGGUAUCUCUCGUGUUUGUCAACGCAGGUGCCGGAGAAGGAUUCAUCAGCGUAGACGGAAACGAGGGUGACCGCAAAAACCUUACCCUGUGGAAGAACGGCGAGAACCUGAUAAAGGCGGCCGCAAGCAACUGCAACAAUACAAUCGUCGUCAUCCACUCUGUUGGCGCCGUUCUCGUGGACCAGUUCUAUGAGCAUCCCAACGUCACUGCCAUCCUCUGGGCUGGUCUUCCCGGCCAGGAGUCUGGAAACUCGCUUGUCGACGUGCUCUACGGCCGUGUCAACCCCAACGGAAAGUCUCCGUUCACCUGGGGCAAAACCCGCGAGGCAUACGGCGCUCCUCUGCUGACUGAAGCCAACAACGGCAAUGGUGCCCCGCAGACCGACCACACCGAAGGCGUCUUCAUUGACUACCGCCACUUCGAUAGGACCAAUCAGACUCCGAUCUACGAGUUCGGCCAUGGGCUGAGCUACACCACAUUCAAGUACUCGAACCUUACUGUCCAAAAGCUGAAUGCCCCAGCGUACUCUCCCGCAUCUGGCCAGACAAAGGCUGCGCCCACAUUCGGCACCAUUGGUGAGGCCGAGGACUACGUGUUCCCUGACAGCAUCACAAGGGUCAGGGAGUUUAUCUACCCUUGGAUCAACUCUACUGAUCUAAAGGAGUCAUCCGGAGAUCCCAACUACGGAUGGGACGAUGAGGACUACAUCCCCGAGGGUGCCAAGGAUGGAUCACCACAAGACGUUCUGCCGUCUGGUGGAGGUGCAGGAGGAAACCCACGCCUUUACGACGACCUCUUCCGAAUAACAGCCAUCAUUAAGAACACUGGGCCUGUGGCUGGUACAGAAGUUCCCCAGCUGUACGUUUCCCUGGGCGGGCCCAACGAACCGAAGGUGGUUCUUCGCGGCUUUGACAAACUUGUCAUCCAGCCCGGCGAGGAGCGGGUUUUCACGACGACCCUGACCCGCCGUGACCUGUCCAACUGGGAUAUGGAGAAGGACGAUUGGGUCAUCACGUCUUAUCCUAAAAAGGGUGUUCGUGGGAAGCUCCUCACGCAAGCUUCCUCUUAGGGCUUCGUUGCCGGCGGUUCAGUAGCGAAUUACUUAUCUAACAGGAUGCUGGCCUCGGUUGGCUGGCUCCGAUUUCUGGUAUAUUAAUUGAUAGCCAAUUUACGACUUCCUAUUGGUAA